UCUGGCUCGCCCCCCCUGUUCACAGUGAUCUCCUGGGAGACUCUGAGAGGCUCUGAUGGCCCUCGAGGGGGUCUCUCGGGGUGUUCGCCGUACGGUCAUCGUUGGAAUCGCAAAGGAGGCAAAGCAUGAGUGCCUCAAGUGAACGCCUGAAGCGAAAACUGACCGCAUCAAUAGUACAUGCCAAAGAUAUAAAAAGAGGGAGAGAGUUACAUCCACUGUUCUUCCCUCUCGUCCUCCAGACAUCACCGUGCUCAAUCUGCUCGACCUGCUCAACAUCUCUUUCAUUAUUCCCUUCUCACUUCCUGCCGUCACCUCUCUCACACCCUCACAAUGAAGUUCUUCGCCGCUUCUGUCCUCGCCCUUGCUGGCUUUGCCGCCGCGGUGCCCAAGACUUCCCAGCCAAAAUGCAAGACAACCAAGUCAGUUGCUACCUUCGAUGACCAGAGCUACACGCUCGCCCUGCCCAUUGUCAACCCGGUAGGCACCUACAAGGGCCUGCACUACGAAGGCUUCAGCGGCGCAGACACGGAGCUCUUCGGCCUCAGCAUCCAGCCCGUCAAGCCGCCUUCGCCGCCGAACGUCAUUGCAUUUGGUCUUCUGAACCAGCUGACGCAGGGCACCCCGACGGUGACAGUCGUUUACCCCGGGUCGAAGUCCAAGUACCUGAACCUGCACUCGCUGUACUUCGCCUGCUUCGUCGACACGAUCGAGUCGAUCAUCAACCUCCCACAGCCGGCGUGCACGCUUAAGGUCCACGGCUUCCGCGAUGGCCAGGAGGUCGUGACAAAGAGCUUCGACUUCAAGGCUGGCAGCCCCCUCCUCGCCGCCAAGCCCGUGAAGGCGAACUUCGAGAAAGGCACCUGGUGCAACCUCGACACGGUCACCUUUGAGGCCGAAUCGACUAUCCCCAUCCUCAACGCCGUUGCCAUCGACAACAUCGACUACACUCUUCUCGACAAGAACUGCCACCCCAAGCUCUGAGCUGCUCUUGCGCUCCAGAAGGCUUUUCCUUGUAUCCGCUUUCUUGGCUCUGCUGGGCGCCUGAUCCCCGCUGCAUGCUCCCUUGCGUGACGGUGCCUUUAGCCCUGUGAUUCCUGCCUUUUUCUUCUUUGUACAUGGCGAGCCGCUCGUUCCGGCACGCCCUUUUGGGGAUAGCUUCUGAUUUUCUCUCUAAAAAC